GGAAAUCAUAUGCAAUAUUUGCCGAUUUUUACGUGCGUGCUCAGAUGAUUUUUAUUGCAAAUGAGUCAAAUUAGUGGUACUGCAAAGACGCUCAUUGGAUCCGGUUCAGUAGUCAGGAGCAGCAAAGCUCGGUAAUUCGUGACGGUCUUCCCCAUACAUGAUCUGCGUUACAGAAGACACCCUCGAUGAAGCACAUGACCUUGUGUGAGCACCAUCAGAAGAAAGAGACCUCGAAAUGCUGAAAGAUAGAUUUACGAUUGGCCUUUCCAGAUUUAGUGCAAGCGAAGGCCGAGGUGCUAGGAGCUGAUUGGUCCAGUGUCCUCGUCGAAUGGCCGACUCCACAUGGAAAUUCCUCUGCUGGGACGCUGGGAGAAACUCCUCCUCCUAAGGCAGUUCUCACAAAGUGGCCAGACCAACACGGACGGGCGUGACUUCUACCCUGAGAGCGCUGGAAACGGUCAAAGUGGGAUUUGUUCCAGCGCUGGCGACGAGGACGAGGACAGGUGUGCACUAACGUGUGCACCAAAGCACUCUCUAAUUCACAAGUUUGCCGUACGCAACUCGAGAAGAAGUAGAGGUCGAAGAUGAAGGACUUUUUGACCAGAGUGACGUAUCAGUCUCUGUCGUUGAAAUCCUUCAUUCGGUCCCAGCUGAAUGAACUGGGGAAGAGGAGCAGGCUAUUCCUGCAGGUUUGAAGGUGUCCACACUUUCUGCCCCAGAGAGCAGGGAGGGCGCACAUCCACCAGUUGCAGAGUCUCUUCCACGUCGGUCAGUCGGUCGCAACGAGGAUCUGAGAUUCGUUGCAGAGAUCGACCAUAGGUCGAGAUGUGGAUGCUAUUUUUACAAGUUCGCAGCAAAUAAAAUUUCUAGGACUCCGCAACGACCCCAGAAGUUUCGCAGCGCUGUUGAUUGGAUCUCCGCAGGGGUCUUGCGACCUCGGGAAAAGCAGUGAUGGCAUCUCGACUAUGGAAUCUACUGAUCGAUUCAUACUGCAAGGUUUUGUGACACCAGUGGUGGCAGCAGCAGCAGCGGACAUGGUAGAAUAAGAACCUCCACGGCAGAUCGAGAAACAUCUCGAUCAUGAAACUCCUCUCUAUCACUCAUUGUCACUGAUCUGGCGUCCGAAUCAGUUGAACUCGAGUGUGAGAGCAGUGGAUUUGCCCGUUCCACUGCAGCAUGUACGUACAGUACGAGUGCAGCCGAUAAAAGAUUUUCUCCCCGGCUAGUCACCACCUACAGAGCUCAUCCCAAGAGUCACGAGGACAUGGAUGCAAAUAAGCUAUCAAUCUGGAUAGGAUGUGCUCCCGCACCAGCCUCCGUCGUAACAGUGUUUGCGCAUGGGAGGUGAGUCAAGGCUAGAAGUAAGGUAGAUCCAGUAGGGCCGGACACCGGAAGCCCGAACCGUUCAUUGUCUCCCCGGCUGAUUGCAGACUAGAAGCUUUUUGGAGCAUCCGAAGGCCCAGGUGGGAGAUGGAGAAUGUGCUAGGCAAGGAAUGAAGAGAGGGAGCGAGGAGAGAGAAGGAGCGUGAGAUCAGUCGAUGUGCAUACGGAAAGCCCAUACUCUGCACUCGACGACGUCCUCUUAGCACCGUACGACCAGAGCACGAUUUCCUCAUGUGGCUCACGGGGCGUUCAGAUCUCUCUCUCUCUCUCUAUCUCCCAUAAGAGAGGAGAGACACAGUUGAUCAGUCGUUUUACCCUUUUCCUGUCUGUCCAACCUAUUUAUGGCUCAGUAAUCAGCGGCUUUUUCGGUUCCGUCAAUCGAAUUCGCUUUCAUUAAUCAGUUGCAAAAGAGAUGCGGUCCGCGAGGGAGAAAUGAUUGUACAUGGAUCCCCGGGGAGAGGGGGAGGGGAUGGAGAGGGAAAGAGGGAUCGAGUGAUGGAUCGACCGUCACUGGGUGGGGGAGGGGAGAUCAGCGCCGACGAGACUGGCGUUCGUUGAUGAGAGUCUGAGCAGUGGACGUCAGGGGACUCCGUGAUGUGAUUAAAUGAAUCAUCAUCCUCAUCAACUUCUGACAGGUGUGAGGGCGGGGUGAGACCACCACAAGAGAAGCGACUGGGAAGCGAGCGAGCGCGGGGAACGAGUGCUGUGAUGAGAUGUGAGGAUACGGUGAAUAAAGAAAUGAUUUUGAGGAUUCAUGCACUCAUUUGAAGCACGCAAAGUCCAGAGAUAAGAAUGAAUGUUCUUCGGAUCUCAGACAGAACAAAGGCCGCAGGCGAAAGGAAAGCCGAGUAAGGCAAAACUAAGCACAGCCGAGAAAAGCGAUCCGAUGGAUCGAGCCGAGCCUGCCUAGCCCCGCCCAGCCAAGCCAAGCUGAGCUUAGCUGAAAACGAGAGGACGGAGCGGAGGUGUGCUGAGUUGAGCCGAGGCGAGGCGAGGGAGAUCAGGGCGAGUGCCGAUCGAGUCACGGAACGAUGAGCCACCGGGAAACCAUGACACAGCAUGACAGAGAUCACAACAUGACAGAGAACAGAGCUUUACAUGUGUCGACCAUUGAUGGGAGUCAGAAUCUACACACGAUGUGUCAAGAUUCGAGUGUGUGGCCCCGCAAGAGGUCACGACCCAGUGCUCGGAACCUACAUAAGUCUCGCACUAUUGCCUUAAAAUCACCCACAGAGAACUGAUAGAUAAGCAACAGGAUUCGAGAAUUUGCCGUGGGGCAGCUCGCCCAGGGAUUUUCUUGACAUCAAUCAUAGAUUCUCUCUGAUCUAAUUUCUCCUGUAUGUACGGAUUGUCCUCAUGGGCGCGUUUUAUAUUUUAUUUCUUUUCUGUUUGGUAAAAGAACUAUCGUGUGCACCUUGCAGGCUGAAAAAGCACAAAAGCACAAAAGCACCUUUGCUCCAUCGGUGACGUGUCAGGUUCAGCUCACUUGGAUCCUGAAUCCGACGGCACCCCAUUCCAACUAGCUGUGAUUUUCUGAUCGACCUGUCUGCUGGAAUUGCUUGUUUGAUAAUCCACACUCAAGAUAAGCUUGUACUUCCCCCCCUGCUAGAGAUUUGGUCAACUUUCACGCGAUCCAACUGUUGCAGGCACAGGCAGGAAGGAAGGAAGGCUGUAGUCAGCAAGGGCGAAGGAAGGAAGGCAGCAGGCAGCAGGAGGAAGAGGCAGGCCAGGCCAGCCCAGGCAACAAAGCGAAGUUGCUUCUCCUCCUAGCACCGAAGAAGAUGAUGGAGCCCUGUGCCCAAAUUCUCCUGGUCCUUCUGCCCCUUCCUCCUCCUUUAAGAGCUCGGUCAUUUUCAUAUGCGCUCUCCGCUCGCUUGAACGCAGAGGGCCGUGACCCAGAAGAGCAGCAGCAGCAGCGCCAUCAGUCGAAGGACAGGACCCUACUCGUCCUUCUCCUCCUAUUCCAGAAUUUACCAAUUCCCUCGGCGUCCUCUGCUCCUCCGUCCCCUUUCACCCUCGCCUCUGCUCCUCCUCGAGAGUUGUAGUACUCACAGCACUAGCACUAGCAUUAGCAGCAGCAGCAUCGACGACGACAGCGACGAGCGCACAGCGGGGGCAGUGGUCGAUUGAUUGUAUGGAUCAGCCGGCCGCAGCAGCGGGAGCGGGAGCGGCGCCGGAGAUCGUCCUGUGAGGCGCAAGGAAGCGCGUGAUCGCUCGCAUCGAGAGGAGCGCAUUCUCCCGGCUCGCUCCCGAGCCCGCCCCCGAGCAUGGAGCGCCGAGCAGCAGUGACAGCAGCAGCAGCAGCAGCAGAGAUGAGCGGCAGCGACGAGGGCUUCGAGAUGGGGGGCAGGUACAUUCCCAAGGAGGUGAUGUGCACAAUUCUGGCCCGGCUGCCGGUGCGCGCCUUCGCGGGGGUGUGCAAGCGGUGGUACUGGAUCGUGAAGGACAUCGAGUUCCAAAUUAUGAGGCAGCGCCUGGGCGCGCCCAAGGAGCAGCCGUUCCUGCUCUGGAACUCGAAUCACGUCGAGCAGCCGUACGCCUACGACCUGCUGCUGCGCCAUUGGCUGCCGUUCCCGCUCUCACCCUUCGCGCGGGUGGCCCAGAAUUCGCCCUUCGAAGUGCACUCCAGUACCGGCGGGCUCUUCCUGCUCAAGAUCGAUGUCAACGGCAUGCGGACUUACGCCACCGUGAACCCGCUGUCGGGAUCGUACCGCCUGCUGCCGCCCAUGCUCGAGCAGCCCAAGAAUUUCAAAGUCAUCCAGAUGGUGAUGGACGACGCGGUGGACGGCAAGUUCCUAAUUCUGGCCGAGGGCUGCGACCCGUACGUGACGGACCCCAACACGCCCAAGAUCCAAAUCUACGACUCCAUCCGCAAUGCAUGGCAAAUGGCCGGCGGCCUGCGCCCGCCGCGCCCGCGCAACUAUCUCACCGUGCUGGUCCCGGCCGAGGACCGCAUGGUGUUCCGCAGCGCGGCCACGCUGCGCGGCAGCCUCUACUGCCUGGCCGUGACCUCGCGCACGGCGCAGGUGCUCAGGUUCGACGGCGCGGACCUGUGGCACGCAAUUCAAGCGGAGCUGCCGUGGUGCAUCGCGCCGCAGGCCAUGGGCAGCACCGCGCCCAUGAACGCCGCCAUGUGGACGCCGCACCUGUUCGCCAACCGCGGGCGCCUGAUGCUGGUGGGCGCGCAAUUCCGCAAGUACCACACUCAGCGCCGCCCGCUCUACGGCGUGGACGAGCUGGUGAACCUCUGGCGCCACGACUCCUCGUCUUCGUCGACCACGGCCUCGGCCUCGUCGGCGGCCGGCGCCGCGGGCGCCAGCGACUGCGAGGUGGACGAGGGCGUGCACGUCUGGGCGCUGGACGACGAGCAGACGGAGUGGGUGCACGUGCACCGGAUGCCCGCCGAUCUCUUCGACGGCUCCGUCAAGUCCUACGAGUUCCGAACGGCCGGCGAUUUCCUGCACGUGAGCCCGUGGCCGCGCAGCUCCGACUGCACCGCCAUGCUCAUGGCCAACCUCGCCACCGGCUGCUGGGAGGCCUUCUCCGAGCCCCCCUGCAACCGCGCCAAUGUGGUCAAGAAGGACAGCCUCCUCUUCCAGCACACGCUCUACGAGCCCAGAUUGACGGCCGUGGCCUAGACACCCGCCCGCCCGCCCGCUCCCGUCCCUGUCUGUCUGUCAGCCAGAGAUAGAGAGAGAGAGAGCGCAUCGAGAACGACGACGAAGAAGAUCAAGAUCAAGAACAAGAAGAAGAGGAGGACGAGGAGGAGGAGCAAGAUGAUACGCAAUGAGAUCUCUGCCGUGCGAGUGCAAGGCCGAACUUACGGAUCGCUGGCAAGCAGCCAAUCCCUGGCCCCCGCGCGCUUAGAGAAGAUGAGCAGAGCUGAGGAGAGGAGAAGAGGAAAAGAGAGGAGGAAGGGCGGGAGGGAGUUGAUCGAGGCUGGCAAGAGUCGGCUGGACGUUCCUAAGUGUGCAGUUCUAGUACAAACAGAAUGGAAGAUCUUCCACAUGCACGUUUGUUUACCAGCUCAAGUAUCUGAUUGACAUAGCCAUGUCAGGUCCGAGUGUGAUGAACUGUUGCCACAAAGGACUUGUUGUCGUUCUUGUUUGUACUCUAGGGAUAGAAUACCUCGUUCUAUUCGUGUAACUUAAUGCCUUGGUUGAAUAGGACGCUCACUCGGGUGUGCUCUUGCUUUCCCACAUACGUCCUCGUCCACGUUGGAUCCGGUCCAGUCCGGUCGAGUUUGCGCCGAGCGAGAGUGAGAAACUGAGCGUCGGUUCAGGGUCAGGUGUUUUGCGUCUCACAAAUUCUUGACAGCUUUUCUGGAGGUUCCGGGGUUUUCCAGGUUUGUUGCUAGCUUCUGAGACUUGGACUUUCUCUGCUUGUGUCGAUCGAGUUUUUGUGUGCUACUCCAAGAUGCACAUCUUUCGGUCCGAGGUAACGGUCUCUCGAAAUGUACUACCGAUAAGAAGGGGUUCACGCACUCGCUAUUAAGACCGAAUAUAGCCAGAAGCACACUGUCGACCAAUCGCUCUCCGAUAAUGGUUUCAAAUUUGUAUAAUCAGGUUUGGGGUCAAGGAAAACUUCAUCUGCUCUGCAGGUCUACCAAGGAUCGCAUCUUGCAUCACUUCGCAGCAAACAACGGUGAUAUUGAGCUUAAAUCUUUGCUGUCAAAAAUGUGAUCAGGCUGUUUCAUAACACAGGAGCUUAGCCUUUCGAAGCAGCUGGUAGACCAGCACUUUCUAGAGUAUGCUACACACUGAGAGUUGUCAUGACAUUGUUAGCGCAUACUCCGACGUUUGAUCUCUCCGUUUGAACUCAUACGCCUCAAGCGCUUCUGUAGUCACCCGGAUUCGCAGUAUAUAGAUGCCCUGGCUGAUAUGUUGCGUAUGGCACUGCCGAGGAGAGGUAUCUUGUGUCAACGAGAAAUUUGUCCUUUUUGUUUAGAAAGCUGUGACAGGAUCUCGUUGUAGGUCCGAGGUGGGGAUGAGUUUCCUCAGAGUCUUGUCGUUGAAACACCAGGACUCCUCAUAUAUUUAUAUAAGGAAAAAGGCUGGAAGGAUUAAAAAAUGUACGAUCUAGGAAUCUGAUAACGUGUGCUAUUUGUUCGUAUACAGAGUUUUUCCUUUGUUCCAGGAGAAUAAAACACUGUUGAUUAUAUGCUCAGUAUGCUCAGGGCAGGAAUUUCAUUUCCUGGGUGAAAUACUGGAAUCUUUUCUCAU